CCCGGAGCCCUCGACUGGGGAGAGCAGAUAGUGGUUAUAACGGGAGGUGGGAGAUCAUCUGGUGUUGGAGAAUUGUUAGCGAAUACCCUAGCGGUCAGGAACGUCUCCGUUGUGGUUCUCGACGUAAAACCAAUUAUAACUGAGAAUUAUAAUAUUACUUACUAUAAAUGCGAUGUAUCGAAGUGGGAGGAAGUUGAGGCAGUAGCGAAAAAAGUCGUUGACGAGAUCGGUCAACCGACGAUUCUCAUAAACAACGCCGGCGUUGUUCAGGGAAAGCUUAUUUUAGAUCUAGCACCUGAGGAUAUCGAACAGACGUUUGGUGUUAAUACCCUUUCUCAUUUUUGGAUACUCAAAGCAUUCCUUCCUGGUUUACUUGAAAAGAAGUCCGGGCACAUUGUCACACUAUCGUCCGUACUAGGUUUCACUGGAUGCGCCCAAAUGUCGGAUUACAAUGCUUCCAAAGCUGCAGCCAUUUCCUUGAACCGCACUUUACGGUGGGAGCUGGACAAUCGCUACCGAUGCCCAAAAAUUCGCACCACCCUUGUUUGCCCGGCUCACAUCAAUACAUCCAUGUUUGAAACGGUCACUUUUCCCUCCUCCUCCAUUUGGAAUUUUUUCUUCCCAUCGGUGCAACCUGUCGCAGUCGUGAAACGAAUCAUCGCUGCUCUUGACGAACAGCAUUCGCAAACUAUCUUCUUACCUUUUUUCGCCAACUUCACCCCAUACAUCGACCAUUUGCCAAGUUUCUUGAGAAAUUUCGCGCAGUGGCUUUCCGGAGCUGACUAUGCAAUGUCGAAUUUUACCAAAACGUCUGAAAGGCGAGGUAGAGGCUCUAAGGAGGACUAA